AUGUCUGAGCCAAACCGCUAUAACUUGAGGAAAAGACCAAGGACUGAAAUUGAAGGUGCCAUGGAGGACGAGAUGCCAGGGAAUGCAGCUCAAGCCAACGGGAUGGUGGCGGCGUUGAACGCGUUAAAGGCUUCAGUGGAGGAGCUUCGUCGGAGUACAGCAGAAAGUCAGAAAGAAAUUGCGCGACUUCGAGAAGAAAUCCAGCCGGCAGAAGGCUUACAAGAACAUAAUGCAGUAUUGCAAACAGCGCAAGGUGAGUCAAGCCAAAUUAUAGAAAGUGACCAAAUUGCCGCGUCAGUAAGUGACUCACAUGCGAAGCUGUAUGACCUGCCAAACUUCACUGGGGAUCCCGAGGAGUGGCCACUGUUUGUCGCUAAUUUUAAGGAUACGACUGAAAUUUAUAAAUAUAGUCAUCGACAGAAUUUAAUUAGGCUACAGAAAUGUUUGGUUGGUCCGGCAAGGGAAGCCGUUGCAUCUUUACUAAUAUUUCCCAAUGACGUGCCCAACGUAAUAAAUGAAUUAGAGUUUAGGUUUGGCAGGCCAGAUGUACUGGUGAAAGCUCAAUUAGCCAAAGUGCAACAGUUUCCAGUUAUCGUGGAGCACAAGCUCGACCUAGUUAUUCAGUUUUCAACUCGAGUUCGUAACGUAGUCGCCUUUUUAAAGUCAGCCAAUUGUCAGCAGCAUUUAGCUAAUACCACAUUGCUAGAGCAAAUGGUAUCAAAAUUACCGCACCAAAAACAGUUUGAUUGGGCGAAAUACGCAGCAACCAUUAAGCCAUACCCAACGGUAGAACAUUUUUCGACGUGGCUUAGUGAGCUGGCCCGAAUAGUAUGUUUAUUGCCGACAACAAGUGCACAGUCAACCAGAAGCAAUGCUCUGUCAGCGAACCCUCGUCGCAUAAUGCACAUAGACCGCGCAAAAGAGCCGCUGAAAUGUUACAAAUGCAGCGGAAAUCACGCCACUUCGCAGUGUGAAGCAUUCAAGACGUUAGGGGUUCAAGAACGGUGGGAGUUAGUAAAAGCGAAGCAACUAUGCUUCUCAUGUUUGCGUAAGGGCCAUUGCACACUUAAAUGUCACUCGAAGAGACGAUGCAGCGUAAAUGGUUGCCAACGCUAUCACAGUCAGUUACUCCAUAGCGAGGUGCCAGCAUCGCAAGCACUAUGCCAGGUCAGUCCAUCGAACGUCCCCGCUCAACCACUUUUAAAUUGUUUAGCACACAGCACGAACCAGCAAUUAUUUAAAAUGUUGCCCGUCAAUAUUUACGGGCCCGAUGGGAAGCGGGAAAUAAUUGCCAUGUUCGAUGAAGGCUCGUCUAUCUCGAUCAUGGAAGAAAGGGUUGCGAAAAUGAUCGGAGCUAAAGGGGUCUUACACCCGCUUACAUUACAAUGGUACGACAAUAAGGUGGUGACUGAAAAAUCAUAUAAAAUCAAUAUCGAAGUGGGUAAUUGCGCUAGUAACGAAAAGUUUGCGCUUAGAGACGUAUAUACAGUAAACAACUUGAAUUUGCCAGAGCAGUCUCUAAGCAAAGAAGAUUUUGGUCAUUUAAGAAAUCUACCACUUAUGAAUUAUCACGAGUCGAAGCCAGGUUUACUCAUUGGUUUAAAACACGCAUAUCUGAGUGCUACUACUACUAUUGUUAAAGCUGAUAAUGAGAGUCCGUUGGCCGCCAAAACGCCUUUAGGUUGGGUCGCGUAUGGUCCAACAAAAUCGCCUUCAAAUUCCAAUCCUCGGGUUAUGCUGGUCAAAGAUUGUCAACAACUGCACACUUUGGUGUCUGAAUAUUUUGCGUCCGACAGUUUUGGCACUAAUGCAUAUUCGGUGAACCUGGAGUCAGAAGAAGACAAGCAUGCACGUUCGAUUUUAGACACGACAACCAAGCGAGUGGGUAAGCAUUAUGAGACUGGUUUAUUGUGGAAACCAUUUCCACCUAAGCUGCCCCAUAGCAAAACAAUGGCAGAAAAGCGUCUGUUGUCAGUGGAGAGACAGAUGAAAAAUGAUGUUGAAUUUUCUGUGCGAUAUAAGCGGGAAAUGGACAAGUACGUAAACAAUGGAUAUGCCAGAAAACUGAGUGACACCGAAGUCAACGCGCCAUACGAGCAUGUGUGGUAUUUACCGCACUUUGCAGUCCACAAUCCACACAAACCUGAAAAGUUGCGAGUUGUUUUUGACGCGGCCGCCCAAGUAAAUGAUGUAUCACUCAAUACAGCGCUUUUGAAAGGGCCAGAGCAAGCCCAACCGUUGGUACGAAUACUUCUGCAAUUUCGACAAGGAAAAGUCGGUGUCGCAGCUGACAUACGCGAAAUGUUUUCUCAAAUUAAAAUACGACAAAUCGAUCAACAUGCACAGCGUUAUUUGUGGCGGAAUGCAGAUACUAGCAAACCCAUCGAGGAGUACGUAAUGACGUCAUUGAUUUUUGGGGCGGUGUGUUCGCCUUGCAUUGCCGAAUACAUUAAAAACAAAAAUGCCAAGGAGUUUCAAGAUCGCUUUCCUGAUGCUGCAGCAAUCAUAGUAAACAAGCACUAUGUCGACGACCUAGUGGUCAGCUUUGACAAUACAGAACAAGCCAUCAAGACCAGUCGCGAAAUUAUGGAAAUCAAUCUGGAAGCAGGGUUCGAACUACGCAAUUUUAUUUCUAAUUGCUCGGAAGUAGAAGAAGAAAUGAACAAAUUAUCACCAUCUAUUCGUGCAGCAGUCAGCAUGGAACGCAAUUCGAUAGCAGAUAAGGUACUCGGCUUAUAUUGGAACACAAACGAAGACACCUUCGAGUUUCACACGAAAUUCCAUCGUGUUCCGGAAGAGGUACUCAACGGGUCGCGAGCGCCAACGAAGCGGGAGCUGUUAAAAAUCACUAUGGCCGUGUUUGACCCUUUCG